AGAUCAAAACAGAAGAGUGCGCGAUGACAAGUCAAAUGUUUUGAAGUUGCUUUUCAAGGAACCAAAUCAAAAGGAAAAGGAUUAAUCAGCUCUCUGUACUUUGGACUUUCCCCGCUGAGAUUCCCGUCGUCGUCGUCGUCGUUCCUGCACUGCACGGCGCUUAUCGUCUGCUGCCUCUAUUCAGUGUUCAGUAUUAUCUAUAGCAGAGUAGUAGAUAGAAAAUCCGGUCCCCGGAAUAAUCGAAGAAACGCGCUGCUCUACGGUGAUAUAACAUUCAAAGUUUUCGAUCAACAAGUCGUCGUUCAAAAUGUCUGAAAACGUUAGCCCCGUCAAGUACUUUCUCUCCGGCGGGUUCGGAGGAAUUUGUACCGUGUUGGCCGGCCACCCGUUGGACACAAUCAAGGUUCGGCUGCAGACAAUGCCUCUUCCGGCACCGGGCCAGGCGCCACAGUACCGAGGAACGUUGGACUGUGCCAAGCAGACUAUUGCACGCGAAGGAUUCCGGGGGUUGUACAAGGGCAUGUCGGCUCCAAUGACGGGCGUGGCGCCGAUUUUCGCGAUGAGUUUCUUCGGAUUCGGGGUGGGAAAACGAUUGCAGCAGAGCAGUCCGGACGAGGAACUGACCAACACGCAGCUGUUUGCGGCUGGAGCGUUUUCCGGAAUAUUCACGACUACGGUCAUGGCCCCGGGUGAGCGGAUCAAGUGUCUGCUGCAGAUCCAGCAGGGUGGCACGGGUCCGCAGAAGUACAACGGAAUGGUGGACUGUGCGAAGCAGUUGUACGCGGAAGGAGGAAUCCGUAGCAUCUACAAGGGGCUUGCCACGUUGCUUCGGGAUGUGCCGGCCUCGGGAAUGUACUUCCUGACGUACGAGUACGUGAAGAAGGCGAUGGCCCCGAAGGCCGACGAAAAGCAGGACGCCGCCGUUGGCCUGAUGGGAACGAUUUUCGCCGGAGGAAUGGCCGGCAUUGCCAACUGGGCCAUCGGAAUGCCCGCCGAUGUGCUCAAGUCGCGGCUCCAGACGGCCCCCGAGGGAACCUACAAGAACGGCAUCCGCGACGUGUUCCGGGAGCUGAUGAAAAACGAAGGACCGCUGGCACUCUAUAAGGGCGUUACGCCGGUCAUGCUGCGGGCGUUCCCGGCGAACGCGGCGUGCUUCAUUGGCUUUGAGAUUUUCAUGAACUUCCUCAACUUUGUGGCCCCGAAUUUGUAGACGGUAAUUUGUUAGCUUGUUUGUUUACAUUUUUAUUAUUCGUCGUUUGUACAUCAAGGUUUAAAAGUUUCAACUCUGUUCCGUUUUUGAAAGGUGUAGGUGCAAUCACAAUCAAAAGAUUUGUUUUUUUUUUGUCUACAAUUAAAAGGCACGCGAGACCAGCUACCUCGAAGUGAUGUGCAUUUUAGGCCACCAAAAUGCGCAAUCAAAAUUGUCCGAGAGAAAUCACCGCCGCAACCGAUUUUGUGUUACCCGUUUUGGUUCUAAACGUAUGACCACAGACAGCAAAGUUAUCACGUGUUUAUUGGUUCGACUGAGAGCUGUUGUAGGCAAUUUUAUAAUAGAACGAUUUUCUAAAAA